AGAGCUAUCGGCGCUAUAUUUGGCGGGACCACAGCUGUUUCUUAGUUUACAAUAUUAAUCAAUUUUAAUCUCUCUAAAUAAUGCCAUGCGCUAUGAAGUUACCGAAUACCCUCGAUGAACUAGUUACACAGUACAAAGACGUCGCAAUUCUCAAGGAGCUACUCAAGGAUUCAAAACAAUGGCACUCGAUUCCGCUGCUGAACUACACGCCUCUCCACAAGCUGAAGGAUCGAACUUUGGUGCGGUUCCGGGGCAUGAUCCAGGACAUGAUGGACCCAGAAAUUUACCUCGAGCGCUAUGAGGUAAAAGCCCUUGACGGUAGCAAACGCCUCCAUGACGGAAAGUACUUGGAUUGCUUGAAACUAGCUGAUGGCGAGGAGAUCGACUACAAUGCGGAAGGUAAUGUGCACGGCGAGAGACGAACCCUAUUUUUGGUUUCAGUGCCGGGCUUGAACGAUUGGACCAGGCAGCACGAGAAGCUUUGCGGGCCAGAGAUCGAGGGGGUUAGCCCAACCAGUCAGCCUAGCAGCUCCGGUAAAAAGCGCUCUCUAGACGCUCAAGAGGAGGCCAUGGAGGUGGACGAAGAUGGCGAGAACUCUCUUAAACGACAGUGUGUGGACGAGAUCAAGGCGGUAGGGGGGCAGAUGGCAUCUUCUGGUUCAUCCGUCCUCGGCUCUGAGUAUCUUCUCAACUCACCAUUGCCAAGUCGCCCAAGCAUGGCUUGCAUGGUAAAAGUCUACGAGGACUUUGACACUUAUCAACUCAACACCCUAGUGGACUUUAUAGGUUUUUUGUCCGUGGACCCAUCUCUAGACGCUGCAUGCCUGAAUAUGGAGGGGUACGAAAGCUUAAGUGAACUGCAGGCUGCCCACCCAUCGCCCUUUCUCAUACCUCGCCUGCAUGCAUUCGGAUUCCAGGCCCUAGCUCAUGCCAAUCCGUUGCUGGACAGUAGCCUGCGACAGCCAGUAACGGACUCAAGUGAUGAGGCGCACUCGAACCAGCUUGCCGUGCACAAAGAUCUGCGCAUACUGCUCAAACUCUGCCUCUUUGACGACGACCUGGCCGCCGAGUAUUUGCUCUCCCAUUUGAUUUCCACGGUAUACAGUCGCACCCAGAUGGAGAGUAUUGGAAAGUUCGCACUGAACCUAUGCAAUCUGCCCAGGGAGUGCCUUCAGAACUAUACCACAAAGCUGUACCAGGUGCUGGAGCUGCUGCUGCCGGCCAGCCAUUACCUGCCCAUGACUCUGGAAACAAUGAACACGUUUGCUUUUGCCCCAAAGAAGGACUACGAGACCAAUAAGCUAGUAUCUGGACUUCUGCAGCUCGCCCCGCACACGCAUCUCGUGCUCGACGAGACUUGUAUGAAACAGGGCAAGUUGGAGGCCAACGGCGUCCAUGCCGUUCAGCAUUUGGCCCACUUAAUCAAUAAUCAGGAGUUGAAGUGCGACUUUCAGUACUACCAGAUCGACUAUCAAGCGAAUAUUCCAGUUUUGGUCCUUAGCGAAGGACGCAGCAUGCUUCCGAGCGAUUUCGUGGUACCCAUUAAUGCCGAUGCCAAGGCCGUGGAGUUGCUUGAUGAAUCUUUAAAGGCUGCCCAUCACUUCCUUCAGCCUGCGCGACUUCAGCAGUUCCGCAAGUACUUGACUACUGCCAGGAUUAGCCAGUUCCGCGUAAGCGAGGAGCACACAGAAAUGAUCCAGCAAGAAUUUGUGGAUAUGCGCAAGGCUAACGUGAAAAGCAGUGCCAAUGAUCUCCAUGGCUUGCUUGUGCUCUCGCGUCUACUGGGUAUUGCCCGAGGCAAGCAUGAGCUGGACAAGGAAACCUGGCAUCUGGCCACCGAGUUAGAGGCAAAGCGUCGCCAGAGGCUUCAAUCCCUGCCAAAAUCGGCAGCAACACCAGUGCGCACUCAAAGUUGAAUAUAAUGUAGAAUUUAUUUAUCUUAAGCUAUCAGCAAUGGAAAUAUACCAUUCAUUUGAACAAUUUA